AUGCAGACGGUCCCCAGUCUCAUUGGGACCGGCACUGCCAUUGCUGCAGCGGCCAGCGGCCUGGUAUUCGGCCAGCCUGUCGAACCAGCUCUCCCACUGCCCAAGAAACGAUACAGCCAGCUGAGAAAGGAAAUCUCGUUUGAUCGCGAUCUGCCGGUUACUGCUCCCGCAGGCGUCCUGUCUCCCCUACGAUACGAGGCCGAAAGCGAUGCGCCGUCAAUAGAAGUCGAAUUUCCGCAGCAGAACGCAGUUUCCAGCCCCAUCAUCGUCUCUCGCCCUCCUCUAUCGCGCUACCAGAGGCCGUCGCAUCAACCCGUUACGUCACCCAAGGCCAUCCCGGACAGGCGGUCCCUAUUGAGACAGCGCGAGAAUUCAGCAUCGCCGACGCCCGAGGGGCCUAGGGAUUCCACCUCGUCGAGCGAAUCGUGGAUUAGGAGGCUCUCGAUUCGCCGCCGCCCGUUAUCGCGCCAGGGAAGCGUCAGGUCGAGAUCCAGCGUUGGGCCGGAUUCGCCCUCCAUUGCCCAGUCAUAUACCUCGUCGGCACCGAUCCUGUCCAGGCCCAAUACCGCCGCGAACCCUCUGGCGCCCAACAAGCUCGUGAAGCGCUCUCCGUCAUCAGCCCAGUCCAGCGACAGCCCCGCGCAAGCACACGUCCGAUCAAGAUCGCAUCUAUCUAUCCUGCGCCGACCAGCGACGAGCCACCAAAGAUCUGCCACGCUGCAUCACUUCCGCCAGAGCGCGGAUAUUGGGAGCCUGCCAACCUCACCUGCAUUCUCCUUCGACCAAUCAACGGGGCAAGAAAGUCUCUCGGUACCGGUACCGGCUCUUGCUGUGCAACCUCGAAGCUCCCGCAGUACUUCCUGGGUGUCCUUUUUCCACUCGCGGACAAAGAAUACGGCCAGUGGUGGUAGCAUUGCAAGCCGGCUGGGAGACGGCACCCCUGGUGUUCGGACCGCCUCUGGGAAGCGCAUAUCCCCUGGAGACCAAGAUCGCCAGAAGGUGCACCUUGUCAAGCCCAGGAUGGUGUCGGGAGCCUCAGCGCCUCCGAUUGCGCCAUCCCCGAUGGAUCGACGACAGGAACUUGGCCGAGCCCGAGCUGAGACAUGCGUUCACGUGGAUGAUGGCUUGAAGGCUCGCGAGAAUGCAGCACGACCUCAGUCCAUGCCCUUUGCUCCCGCCGGCGGCUGGAGCUCGCAAACGUCGGGAAGCCUUCGACGGCCCAAACGCGGUGCUGAGCCGGAUGGUGUGAAGGACGACGGGCGGCACGUGUCAGCCGCCAGCGAGAGCGGCUCGCAGGUCGCCGUGGAGCUCGACUCCAAGGCCCCGGCGCAGUCGCCGCCCAUCCCGCCCAGUUCUCUAGCACGGCAGGGGCCGGCGCUGGAUUCAGCAGCCCAGGCUCAUCAGCUAACAAUGCAUAAAAGAAGCCAAUCCUCCCCACUCCUCCCCGCUCCCAGAAGCUCGAGUUUUCAAGGCGAGGUCCCACGCUCAUUAGCAUCGCCUAGCGGGGCGCCCUCUCAGCCAGCACGGCAGCACCAGCCCUCGGGGAGCUCGACCAGCUCCGCAGCCAUGUCGCAGCUUAGUACCAGGGCGUCGCCACUGCACGAGGGCUUUGACUGUGACGCUCGCGGCUUCACGUCGGGGGACGAGGACGACGCCGACUACAGGAGUGACACGGUGUUUGACUCUCUGCGCACCGCAGCCUCCAGUCGCACGAGGGCCGUCGAGACGCCCUUGGAUUCUAUUUAUGACGACUCGCCCCCGAGCACCGCAGGAAAUAAUGGUAGGACCAAGCGCCUCUCAAUACAGGAAAUCUUGGGUCAUACCUGGGGCGGUGACACAGACAUCAUGGAGGAGGACGAAAGUACGGUAAUGCCCACGGAAGUCGAGUCUGGCACUACCAGAGUGAGGUACUCUAGCCGCCAUGUCCUCACCCUGCCGCGAAUCAGCUCCGAGUCGUCUCAGAACGGCGUUUCGCUCUACGGCAAGGAGUUUGGGCGCAUCUCCCUGGAUGACGACUUUGACCAGGACUGGGCCGCUGACGACGAUGCACCCUGCAACCCGCUGUCGCCCCCCUCCAAAGGAAGCUCGCUCAACUCUCGCAGCAUCAACCCCAACGUCAGGAGUGCGUUGGCGAAUCUGAGUCUCGACCACAUGUCGGACAUGGACCAGGAGGAUCGGCCCCUCAACAACCUGUUCGACUGGAGCGAGACCUCGUUUCACGAAAAGAACAGCCCAGCUGGCAUUCCAUUGCGCCCCAAGACAUCGUACGAGAAGCAGGAGCCUCACGCCAGGGGCGGACGUUCCGCGAUCCGCAAUCACGUCCCCGCGCACAUUCGGAGCCAGAGCGUUCCCCUCUCGCACGUCAUGGAUGAGGCCAAACCUGCGACCGGGGCCAAGUUUGGCACGUGGGGAUUGGGCACCAAGACGGCCAGCGAGGACUGGGACGAGGACUUCGAGUUCGGUAGCGGCGCAAACGAUCAGGAUGGCGCAGCCGACGACAAGCUGUUCUCGGUACCUGAGUCUAUCCGCGCAUCGCAGCCCAGCGUCAAGGCGCACUCAGGGCAGAUUCGCGAGCUGUCGCUACUCGUCAACGACCUCAAGCGACUGUGUCGCCAUGGGCGCGAUAUGGACAUGCUCGAUGGCCCGCAGAAGACCCUGUGGAAGGAGGCUGAGGGCGUAAUCGCACUCGCCUCGCCUGACGAGGAAGAGUCUAUGGAUGGGGAGAACGACGCCGCCACUACUUCCGACAGCACAGAGGAGUACUAUGAUGGCUUUUCCGAUGACGACUUUGCAGACCUUUCAUUUGGCAAGUUCGACAUGUCCUUUGAUUACAAGGAGCCCAUGUCAAAGACGGCCGUGGUCCGUGAACGACACUCUCCCAAGCGACGAUCUGUCUUCUCCCCAGAUGACGACAUCUUCGGUGGCAAUUGGCCGUUGGUCGACGGCAGCGUGCCCUCACAGCAGCCCAGUCGGACCCAGACACCCGAGCUGCGGGCUGAUAAGCAGCAGGAAGCCGCCCAAGGCGCUCGUUCGGUGAUGGAAGCCAUGCAUCGUUCCACUCCCAACCAUGAUGCUCAAUCGCGGCCGGACAGCAAGAUGCAUUUCGACACGAAUAGCUUGAGGGUCCUGGUGAAGAGGGCCGGGGAGCUGCGGGAUUCGCUGUCAGAUGUUGUUCGCCGGGCGGAGCAAAUAGCGCAGAGCCCGGCUGGAACUCCAAGACGCGAACGCCCUACAGACUCGAGCCCUGCCUUCACGCGCAUGUUUGACGACCCUGGCUCAAGCCAGUCUCGCCGAAGCGCCCGACACCGCAGUAAUCUCUCCUCGUUGUUGAAUGCAUCGUCUCCGGAUGGCCCAUCAUCGCCCUCGCCAAUGACGAGAGGCAUGCAAACAAUGAUUGCCAGCUAG